AGGCCCCCACAGAAUUCCCCACCGCACACCUGGUCAAAGCAGGAAGUGUUGGGUGGCGACUGAGCUCCAGGAAGCAGGCUAAGGUGUGAGAGAAACAGUCACCUUCAGCCUAAUUACUCAAAUGCUGUCCCCAGCCACAAGAAGGGACAGGAGCUGUUCUGCUGAGUCUGUCUAGAGGCCGCUACGCUGCACAGCUCACCACAGCUGGAGAGAAAGCUGACCACCCAGAGCCCAGUGAUGGCCCUGCCCCAAGCACACCCAGCCUGACCAGGCCUCUGUGGGGAAGGAUCCCGGGUGUGGCCCCGAAGACAAAGCUCUCGGGCUUGCUGGGGACGAUGAAAAGGAGGAAACCGUGACUGACGUUCCAGCCAGAAACCAGCCAAAGGUGGACCAGUUUUCCAGGCGCCCAGGGCCAGCGUGACCUUUGGCUGGGAGAAGCCUUGGGAAAUUCCCGCUUUGGAAACCUGUUGGGGAACGCCGAGGGGUCCCAGCUCACACGAGCUGGCCUCGGUGCCAAUGCCGGAUGACCGCGCCAGGAUGGAGAGCACCAAGAAGGAACAGGUGGAGCAGAUCCUGGCGGAGUUCCAGCUGCAGGAGGAGGACUUGAAGAAGGUGAUGAGGCGGAUGCAGAAGGAGAUGGACCGAGGCCUGAGGCUGGAGACUCACGAGGAGGCCAGUAUGAAGAUGCUGCCCACCUAUGUGCGCUCCACCCCCGAAGGCUCAGGUACUGCCCAGAGCCAGGACAGGGCAGCUCCUCAUGCAUCAGCUCUCCCCUGGCCUGCAUGCCUUCCUGCCUCCUCUCCCUGUGGGUGCUGCCCUGAGGCUGACAGGCUUCUCCCUGUGGCUGCAGAAGUCGGGGACUUCCUCUCCCUGGACCUUGGUGGCACCAACUUCAGGGUGAUGCUGGUGAAGGUGGGGGAGGGAGAGGCGGGCCAGUGGAGCGUGAAGACCAAGCACCAGAUGUACUGCAUCCCUGAGGACGCCAUGACGGGCACUGCUGAGAUGCUCUUUGACUACAUCUCCGAGUGCAUCUCCGACUUCCUGGACAAGCAUCAGAUGAAGCACAAGAAGCUGCCCUUGGGUUUCACCUUCUCGUUUCCCGUGAGGCAUGAAGACAUCGACAAGGGCAUCCUGCUCAACUGGACGAAGGGCUUCAAGGCCUCGGGAGCCGAAGGGAACAACAUCGUGGGGCUCCUGCGAGACGCCAUCAGGAGGAGAGGGGACUUUGAGAUGGACGUGGUGGCGAUGGUGAACGACACUGUGGCGACGAUGAUUUCCUGCUACUACGAAGACCGCCAGUGUGAGGUUGGCAUGAUCGUGGGCACAGGCUGCAACGCCUGCUACAUGGAGGAAAUGCACAACGUGGAGCUGGUGGAAGGGGAAGAGGGCCGCAUGUGCGUCAACACCGAGUGGGGUGCCUUCGGGGACACUGGCGAGCUGGACGAGUUCCUGCUGGAGUACGACCGCAUGGUGGACGAGAGCUCCCUGAACCCCGGCCAGCAGCUGUACGAGAAGCUCAUCGGCGGCAAGUACAUGGGCGAGCUGGUGCGGCUCGUGCUGCUGAAGCUGGUGGACGAGAACCUGCUCUUUCACGGGGAGGCCUCGGAGCAGCUGCGCACGCGCGGCGCCUUCGAGACGCGCUUCGUGUCGCAGGUGGAGAGCGACUCUGGCGACCGCAAGCAGAUCUACAACAUCCUGAGCACGCUGGGGCUGAGGCCCUCGGCCGCCGACUGCGACAUCGUGCGCCGCGCCUGCGAGAGCGUGUCCACGCGCGCCGCGCACAUGUGCGCCGCGGGGCUGGCGGCCGUCAUCAACCGCAUGCGCGAGAGCCGCAGCGAGGACGUGAUGCGCAUCACCGUGGGUGUGGACGGCUCGGUGUACAAGCUGCACCCCAGUUUCAAGGAGCGGUUCCACGCCAGCGUGUGCCGGCUGACACCCAGCUGUGAGAUCACCUUCAUCCAGUCGGAGGACGGCAGCGGCCGGGGUGCGGCUCUGGUCUCUGCAGUGGCCUGUAAGAAGGCAUACAUGCUGGGCCAGUGAUAGCAGCAGCGGCCAGGCGCGGAGGAGGCUGUGGUGUGGCUGGUCCUGGAU